CUUGAGUGUUCAAGGUAUUCCAUCUUCAUCACAGUAAUCUCAUGAAGUUACCCACCAUUCCGACUAUCCUGCUCAUCUUGAGUGUUGUUAACGGUGAUGCCCACCUGGCUGGUACGGGGAAGAUCAACUCCGACAUCAUGAUGGAUAUGCAGGCCGAUAAUGGCGGUCAUGUGUCCGAAUUUGACCUCGAACAAAACUCGCCUAACAACCUUGAAGAUGAAGUUCAGUGUGCGGUGUGUGAAUCCUGCAAGGUAUUUCCAUGGCUAGACAUCUGCCCGGCUAUACAAGACAUCUGCGACGAUGACUGCGGACGUUGUUGCUGACAUUUGGUGUCUUGUAGACAUAGCCUUCGGCUGUCCAACGAGCCGGAAGUACUUUAUGCUUCAUGUUCUGACAUAAUUGUAUAAUCCAACCGAUUUCCAUUUCUUUCGCUGAGUCGCUAGUCGCGUCGGUUCGAGAGUCUCGAAUCAAGGCUGUUAUCUGAUGCAACAGCCAAUCUUCUGGCCGUGUCCAAGGAUGCUAUCUCUGGUUACGGCAAACUUCCAGAUUGUACGAAACGAUGUUGCUGAGCAUGCAUCUGCUCACGAGGUCCUUAGACUGCCGCUCAAUCUCUUUCUAUACCUUCUUGUAACAGCUGAUAUGUGCUGUACGCGCUAUGGUGGAUUUAUAGCGUAUAGCUUUCAAUGUUCUUGUUGUCAAAGCUUCUGUAUACCUUCUAGUCCCAGCUGAUAUGUGCUGUACGCGCUAUGGUGGAUUUAUAGCGUAUAGCUUUUAAUGUUCUUGAUGUCGAAACUUACAGGCCCUUCACA